AUGAGUGUAGGCGUUCUAUCAAGAGAAUGCACCGAGCCGGCAGGCUGCAUUAAGUAUUGGUGCGCAAGCGCGGUGGAGGCAGGCCGGGAUUUAAAGGGGUAGUGUCCACGGGUGCUGCCCCUUAGGGGGAGUCUGUUCGGCGUUUUCAGAGGCGAGUGGGCUUUGUUCCUCCUGUUUGGAAACAUGGUUUGCGGGGGCUUCGCCUGCUCACGCAAUGCUCUGUGUGCGCUCAACGUCGUUUACGUGCUGGUUGGUCUACUACUGAUUGGAGUGGCUGCCUGGGGUAAAGAAUUUGGAAUCGUUCCCAGCCUGAACAUCAUCGGAGGGGUCAUUGCUGUGGGUUUCUUCCUGCUUCUCAUCGCCAUUGUGGGACUCAUUGGUGCUAUCAACCAUCACCAAGUUAUGCUUUUCUUUUAUAUGAUAAUUCUAGGGCUAAUCUUUAUUUUCCAGUUUGGAAUUUCCUGUGCAUGCCUGACACUAAAGCCACAUAAGCAAGAAAGACUUUUAAGCGGUACUUGGAAAUUGCUGAAUGACAACACCAGGAUAUCAUUGGAAAACAGCUUAAAUUGCUGUGGGCUAUUCAACAACACUGAGUCUGCUGAGCUAUUUAAGAGCGAUGUUGACAAUUGCAGUGCACCAUGCACGAAAUCAAAGAUUGGAUGCCUCAAAUGUGGCGUUGUGCUGAUGGAACAUGCAGAUGAGGCUUUGAAAAUCCUUGGUGGAGUUGGACUCUUCUUCAGUUUCACAGAGAUCCUUGGAGUAUGGCUUGCAAUGCGCUACAGAAACCAGAAGGAUCCCAGAGCCAACCCCAGUGCCUUUUUAUAGUUCUUUCUCUCCUACCACCUUCCAGGUUCCCUUUUUAGUUAGUCACUUCUUGCUUAUUUAAGACUUCCCAUUUCCAUCACUCGAUUGCCAACAGCUCUGGCAGGCCCUGUGAGGGUGAAUUUUGCCUUUAUGCCAAAAUGCUGAUUGGAUGAAACAGCAAGCGGAGAUCUCAUCCAUGACAUGAAGCCUUGGUGGCAUGUGGCAAAGGGAUCCAGUACUGGAAGCAAAAGGCAGACAAUUAGUUGGUAUCACAUAAGAUAGUGAAAAAUCAUUUUGUUGACUCACGUGAUUGCUACUCCAUAACUACAAUCAUUUUGGUGUUUUUAAAAUUUUUGCAUUAUUGUACCCGUGUUUUUAAAAAAACCAGAUUUUUCCCUAAAGCUGUUCCCCCCCCCCUUUGUCAUCUUGACAAAGUAAAGUGUUUGUGUUACCUUUUAAGCAGCAGAGGCAACGAUUGUCCCAUAAAAUUACUUUCGCCAGGUUUGUCAGCUCUUCCCAAUUUGUGUUUCCUGUGGUCAAACGCAGUAGACACAAGUGCUAUAUAGGAAGCAGCUCUGGGGAAAGAUUUAGUUUAAACAAGCAUGAUGACAUCUUAUUUUAGGAUUAUUAUUUUUUUUACAAGCCGAAAUUGAAAUUUAUCUAAAUUCAGAAUUUACAAUCAUAUACUUAGGCUGCCUCCUUUUUAAGGAGGAAGAUCAUAAUCUGCCUAAAACUAACUGAAGAACUCACUUGCUCAUAGUGAAAUCACAAUUACAUCUUUAAAAGUUCUUAAAACUGGCUUAAAAAUGAUUUCUCUGAAAACUUAACACACCUUUGGAACAAAAGGGACUUGAGUGAUACCAGCCCGAGAUUUGGAUUCCAUGUUCCUUUGCAAUAUUUUUCCUGUGGUGGAGGAUUAAGACUUGAAACUGUUGUAUGCUGGUGAUAUAGGUAUGUGUUCAGUUGUUUCCCCUAUAUUCAGUGGUUGUGAGUAAGAAUGUAUGUGAGGAUCUUAGCUAAACCCCAUUGGGGAUUCCAUUGUUUGAACACUAGCCUGCCUAUGUAGUACCCCCCCUCCCCUGCUUCCGGUUUCAGCCCGCUAUCAUUCUCAUAUGCAAUUUCUUUUGUUCUACUUUUAACAAGGGAAGCUGCGGCUGAGCACAAGCAUGUUGUUACACAUUAGCACAGGGCUUUGUAUAGUAUUAACUGAGCUAGAUGGCAGCCUAGGAAAGAUGGUUGCAGUGCUGUCGGUCUCUUGUCGAGAAAGGUUUUAGGGAAGCUCCUACAGAGGCGCCCUUUCAGAGCCAGAUCUUUUGAGGACAGAGAUUGGAAGGACCCAUGCCUUCAAGACGAAAAGCAGAAGCAAAGCAGAAGCACGUUCCCUUUAAUGGGGAAAGGAAACACGGACUGCUUUCUCUUCGAUGAGUUAUGAAUGUCUUCUAGUGAAACCUUGAAUGUUUUAUAUGCUUAUUACAUGCACCCUGUACUAUUUAUUUAUAGAUUAGGAAAUGUCUCAUAAUCAGUGGCAUAUUUUGCAAACAAGUACUUAUUAUACAGGGCAGGUGGAAAUAGCUUGGCAAAUUCUCCUCAACUCCUAAAGCUACAGGCGGCCUCUGAGGUUAUCAUCCUGGGUGUCGCACAGAUAAGCCCCCAAAGCAGUUUGCUGCCUUUUGGAAACAAGUGUGGAUUGAGAAAGAUUGAUCUCUCAAAACUGCUUUUUGAGCCAAGAUAACAACUCCAGUCAAGUGUUGAGAGGGGAAAAGUGGGAGAAGAUCAUUGUAAACUUUGAUUUACAUACUCUGUCCUUCUGAAGAUCAUAAAAAAUGGAUGAUAACAGAAAGCAAAUACCAACGAAUGAUAAAAUUCCGAAAUCAUCUAAAAAGCAAAUAACCUGGUGAGAAAUGCCUCUUUAAGGAUUUCCUAAAUGCAAAAAAGAAAAAAGAAAGAAAGAAAAGUGGCCAUUUGCAGCUCCCAAAGGAGCAUUGUCUGAGAGUAGUAGAAGGCCCUCUCCCAUACCCCCAAAAUAAGAGCUGGCAUGAUUUGCACAAGGGAGACAUCGUGAAGAGAACCUGCCCUCUAGAUCCCAACAACUGUAAAAGUGUGAAUCAGGAGACAGAUUCUAAGCCAUUUAAAGCUGUAAAGGUUAACAUUAACACCUUAAAUUAUGCUCAGAAAGCAACUGGCAAACCAGAGAACUUUUAGUACGGGCAUCACAUGAUCUUUGAAUCCUAGCCUUCUAGUGGCCGCUUUUAGGAGUAAAUGCAGUUUCUGUACAGUCUUUAAGAGAGUCUUGAUGGAAACGUUGCAGGAGUUAAGAUAUGAAGUAACAAAACAUUGAAAACUGUCAUCAAACCUAGCCAACCUGGGAAAGGUGCAUUUAGUUGAGAAACACUGGUUUAGACGUAACUGCAAGGGUGCACCUCACCUCACCUGAGAAUCCAGUGACAUUUGAGGCUUGAGGAAUACGCCCAGUCUGGGAACUUGCUCUUUCAGAGAAUGUGCAACCUUAUCUAAAUUAGGCUGAUCUCUGUCUCCCAUCUUCAGUUUCCCAUUUGAAAACUCAUCUGGAUUUAAUUUCAGAUGGUUCCUCGCCAUCAAGUUUCAUUAUUGAAUUGACAGUGUUCAAAGGAACUAGUUUCUUUCUCGGAAUUGAAUGAUAAGCAAUAGAGCUAGGUUAACAUCAGCUGGGAAUACUCUUCCAAAACACACACACACACAUACACACUGGUUUUAUCCUGACAGCUUAGAGCAAGAGGAAGCCUACCAGACACCAAGAGGCAACCCCAAUUAAUACCUUCUGGAUGUGGAACAAUUAGAACCAUGGUAAAAUGAGAUUCCGAUCUUAUCCUAUAGUCUAAAGAAAGUCUACCCUAUAGUCCACUACACGCUGUAGUGGUGAUAGUAAAAGUGACAAUGGGUACAGAACUGGUAGGGCUAUACUCGUCCCAUCAAAGUUCCAGAAGGGUAUAGGACAACUUGUUAUGGGACAACUUGCCACAGCCAAUUUGCUAUGGGACAAGAGUUACACUAAUAUCAAAGAACUGGUGGAAGAGAAUCAUUAAAGAAAGAAUGCAAAAGGAGGAGUGAAAUGAAAUGUGAAUGACAAAAAUUAAAAUAAUUUUUUAAAUCAUGGAAUAAUUGUAAUUGAAUUUGAAUAAUUGUUGAAUUGUCCCACAGGCAAGUAGGCUGUGGUCAGUUGUCCCGUGCUGAGUUGGCCAUGCUGAGCUGAUCGCGGCAAAUUGGCUGUGGCAAGAUGACCAUGGUGAAUUGGCCGCAGCGAGAGAGCUGCAGCAAGUUGUCCCAUUUCGUUCCAGAACGGGUGAAACAUCCAAGCGACCCAAGAGUAUUUUAAUUCUACAGUCUGUCUGAAAGCUUGAUAUUCAUCCAGGGGGGAAAAAAUCAAUAUUAUUUAGCUGCAUCUAGAGCUGCAGGACCACUACAUUCUCCAUCACUAUACCAUGAAAUGGAAUAUUGAGUCCGGCCUGUAAUUCUACAAGCCUCCUGGGAUAAGAGCAUGUUUCUCCUAUAAAAGAUCUUAUGAUGGUCACCAUUACAUGGGGGGAGACAUUUUUAAGCAGGAACUGGACACCGUUUUUAGCAGCCUUUACACACUGGGGAAGGUGCUGGCAGUCUACCUAGCUGCAUUACUCGCAGGAACUGAUUGAAGCAAUUCAACGUGCACUUUAUAUAAGGUGGCAAGUGAAAAUUGGACUGCAGCCAUGCUUUUCUUAUCCUGUUUACCUCAGAGGGAGGGCUAGAUAGAUGCCAUGCAUUAAACACAUAAAAUGGAGUUUGCAGGCCAUUUCUUUCAAUCCACCUUUUUUGGCCUUGCAGUGAUGGUUGAUGGAGAGGGUGAGGGAAAGACCUACGGUAUUAGAAAAGAGCAAUCUUGAUAUAUUCAAGAGCUGCCUACAGCUUUAGGAUCUACAUACUUUUCCCAUCAUGUACAUAUGGAACUGCUCCUGUUGUGACAGGCAAUUUAAAUAAAUUCAUUUCUGUCAAA